CAAGCGUCGUAAAUCUGAACUUAAAAAAUCUGAACUUAAAAAAAUGUUCAGUAGUGAAAUCUGAACCUCGCUAUUACUGACGCAUCAUUGUAAACAGGAAUGUAAACGACGCGGCAGAAUAAUAUUUGCAAGUCGGUUCUAAUUUCUUUCAAGCUAAUCGUCGCUUUUGUUAUGGAUAACACGGAGAAGAUUGAAAAAGCAACAAAAAUUUUAGGUCACCAAUGGGCUGUUGAUAAAUUUCUUGGCGGAGGAAACUUCAGUCUUGGCGUUUUUCGAGCGCGAGGGGGUAUUACGGGAAAUUAUCAUGCUGUUAAGCUCGUUGAGUGGAACUCGAAAAAACAAGCCCUAUACCGAAUUCGGGAGCUAUCCGUUUUAACCAAAGACUUGUCCGAUCACAACGUCAUAAGGCACCUUCAUGAAUGGCUAAGCGAGUUUGAAGGUACGGAAUACCUUUGUUUUAAGAUGGAACUGUGUCUAAACGAUCUUAAUUAUUACAUGAAAAUAAAGUUCCCGUCGAUUGUGAAGGACGAAGACUUUUAUAAAGUAGUCUUUCCUCAGAUAUUGAACGGCCUUGAUGCAAUCCACUCGAUGGGAUGGGUUCACCGCGAUAUAAAUCUGACAAAUAUUCUCGUGAAACUCCCCAAUCCAAAAUCAAUUCGAGAAAUAAAAGUUGCGAUCGGAGGUUUUAUGUUAGCCAGACGCCUGCCAACAGACAGCAAACAUGACGAUAUGUCUGAUCAAGCAACACUGGAACAGCAAUGGCCAAAUCCAGAAAGACUACUUUAUCAAGCUCCAGAAUUGUCGGCUGAUAAAAAACACAGUGAGAAAGCAGACCUUUACAGCGCAGGUAUCGUGUUGUAUCUGUUGGUUUCAGACCCAGAAGAUCGAAAGUCAUGGCCAGAUGAUGAGAUUCGCGCUCUCAGAGAAGGGUUUCGUAACCGCACACACUUGUGUCAUGACAACCCGGUACUGCACGAACUACUUUUCUCGACGGAAAACAGCCUUUUGCAUGGUGAUCCUGAAUGUCGACCAAGUGCUAAACAAGUAUUGUGCCAACUUCCUUGUCAACCCGAGCUUUCUGGACACAACAAAAACAAGAAUACGAUGCUUGUCCAAGAUGCCAUAGCAGCCGCCAAAGAUGAUUUAGAGUUGGUGAAUGAUUCACUUGGGAAGGGGUCUUUUGGAAGAGUGGUUUCUGUGAAGCAUAAAGGAGAUAAUAAACUGUACGCGGUGAAAAUUAUUUGCAGUUCUCCGGAGAAUCCGGAAAAGUAUAAAAAUCGUGAACUGACCAUUCUCAGUAGUCAAGCAGAUUCUCUCAAUAUGCAUGAAAAUAUCGUGAGAUACUACAACUCGUGGGAACUGCGAAUCGAAGGGAAACAACCAAUAUUUUGCAUUAGACUGGAACUCUGUCACAAAAACCUUGCCGAUGUUUUAAAAGAAAACCCACAAAUUGUCGACAAGAAGGAUUUUCACAAACGUGUUUUCAAACAUAUUCUGGAAGCCCUAAAGUAUCUUCACGACAAAAAUUGGGUACAUCGAGAUAUGCAUCCCCGAAAUAUCCUCUUGAAAAUUCCCUCCGAGGAAGAUAUUAGUUACUGGGUUGCUAAACUUACUGAUUUUGGGUUGGCCAGAAAGCUUCCAAACCACAAUUCUUUGGAAGAGUCUGAUCAUUCCGAUCAAGUUGACUCCGCUUUAUCCCACGAAAUCGGACACCCUGAAUACCGAGCACCCGAAAUCAAUACAUCUGGUCCCUAUGAUUGCAAAGUUGAUAUGUACAGCGCGGGGCUUAUUCUUUAUCUUCUGUGUUCCCUUUUUAAAAGCGGAAAGAGAAAAGAGGCCUUUGAGGAUGUCAGAAGAAAAGAAACGGUGAACAGGGAUGUUCUGUGUCACAACAAUGAACUCCUUCACAGUUUAAUGAACGAUCUUGUAAAGCGUAAUCCAGAAAAUCGUCUCAGCGCAGAGGAAGCUAUAAAAAUAUUUUCCGAGUACCUCGACAACACUUCAAAACUCGUUAAGCCUUCAAAUGACCUUCCCCUUUCUAAGGAGCUCGCGUUGGUCUCGCUAGAUGAAGCCGACGGCAAAAGCACGAAAAACGAGGAGGAUGAUGAAGAAGAUAUCGACCUACGCUAAGGAAGUAUAUCUA